UAUGGGCAGCCACAGCCCCGCAGCUUCAAUGAAACCAGCAGCAAAAAGAAUCAAAGAGCUAGGGGGGAAAAAUAGAAGGUAAAAUAAAUCAAGCAAAGCAGAAAUGCAACAAAUUCAGGAUCAAAGAAAGAAGAAUGUGUUAGUAAGUUGCUUCAAACAAAUUGGGCGAUGUACAGUUUCGUGCAUAUUGGUUUUGUUAACUCAAUUUGCUCUGACUUUAGUCCCCCACUUCUUCCCUGCUUCCUCUCUACUCGUCCAACUGACACUCUCAGUUGUGGUGCUAGUGUUUGUUUUGGGAUUAGGGAGAUGGUGCAGGCGGAUUGUUGGAGUGUAUGCGUCCGCUCCAGCUCUCGUUUUCUUUAAUCUAAUCUUUAUUUGGGCUGUCUAUAUCUUCAUUGUUAGACAAGCCAUUCCGUAUUUCAUCAGUAUUGUGUUCAACAUAGAGGUUACCCUGCUCAUUCUUGGUGUAUGUAGUAUCCUAUCAAGUGAUCCUGGUUUGGUAACUCAUGGAUCUUCAGAUGCGAACAAGCUCAUUGAAACUAAAGCUUUCGGAGUUGAAGCUCAUAAUGAGGGUUCUGCUCUCCUCAAGAGGGUGAGGUAUUGUAAGAGUUGCAAAGCAUAUAUAAAAGGAUUUGAUCACCAUUGUCCUGCUUUUGGUAACUGUGUAGGACAGAAUAAUUAUGUCCUCUUCAUGAUUCUUCUAGCUGGAUUCCUUACCACCGAAGCUUCUUACAUCGUUUGCUCGUCCCAGUUUUCCAGAGGAUCCCAGAUUCUAGGUGGAACUUGGUUUGAGACUGAUCUAGCUGGCAGCUUGGUUGUUAGCACAAUGUUAUUCUCUCUUCUCCAAGUGAUAUGGCAGGGGGUGUUCUUCACAUGGCAUCUGUAUUGUAUAUGCUUCAACAUCAGGACUGACGAAUGGAUAAACUGGAAGAAAUACCCAGAGUUUCAAUUUGUCAUUCAAUCCCAACCAGGGGAAAGCUUUACUAGGGUUAUGUUCAAAAAUCCAUAUGAUAAUGGCUAUCUUCAAAAUGUGAAGGAGUUUUUAUCAGUAAAUGGCUGAUAGUGCAUUGAUGCGUGUUUUUCAAUGUGGAGGGGUGCCCACCUCCUCCAAUUGUUCUUAACUGAGAUCCUGAGGUUUUGAACUCUAGUAUUCAUGCAUAAACUAGUUGUGAGACUGGAGGAGAUACGGAUUGGAGUUUCACUAAUUAAAGUUCUUGGCUGCUAAGGGGAGAUCAGUUUGCUUACAUAUUGAGUUGAUGACUCAAUAUCCUUCAACCAAUGCACAGACUGAUGUAACACUAUAUGUUCCUUGAGAGAAUUAACAGAACGAUGUCUUGACAAACCCUAUAUUGCUAAAGUAUAAUGUUAUAAAAGCUCAUAUUUCUUUUUA